AUAGCCGACCCGAUCCUAGCAGCACCGACCACGUUUUUCGAUUUUCGGUUUUUGGGGAAGUGCCGCGUGUUUCCGUCGUUCGCCGAUCGAGCAUUCGAAUCCUGUGCUUAGUGAGAUUUGUGGUGCGAAGACCCAUUGGAAAGUUCUUCGCAGCUGCAGAUCGCGGAGUGAAUUGACCGCAGAACGAAAGAGAGAGAGGAGAAAAGUGAAACCAAAAUGAGAAUCGUCCUGGUGAUCGUGUGUGGCUUUCUGGGGAUUACGUAUGCCGCGAAGAUCAAGAUCCCCACGAAGAACCGGAACGAUGAUCUCUUCUCGGAAGACGAGUUUACCUUCCCGGUGGAGGAUAAUAAGGAUCCCACCAACUUCACCGGCGACGUCAUGAAGGCCGGGAUUCUGAUGGCCGAAAUCAAGAACCAGGGCAAGGGCAAGUUCAAAUAUGCUGUGGAAACCCAGAACGGAAUCGAAAUUGAGCAGAUCGGUAAGCUGAGGGAUGACAACAAGACCUUUGUGGUCAUGGGAUCGUACACUUAUACCGGUGCCAAUGGAAAGCGAUACCGCGUCCGCUACACUGCUGACGAGUUUGGCUAUCACCCGAUCACCGAGCUGGACGUAGACAUUCCCGAACCCGGAGCAGUUCAAGCAGCGCCCAUUAAACCGUUUGUGUUCACCACCAAGGCCACGACGACGACUACGACGACCACCACCACGGAACAUCCGGGAUACCAUUACGAACGGCCCACGAAUGGCUAUCUUCCACCCACCAAUGGCUACCUGCCGCCAUCCAACCAGUACCUGCCGGCGAAGAACGUCAACGACCCACCAGUGAAUCAGCUUCCACCCCUGCUCAGCCCUCAGUACCGGGGACAGAAUGCUCUCUAAUCGAAGCGGACUCCGUCUGGAGCUAGAUAGAGGAUAGAUAGAUUUCAAUCUUAUGACCUAUUGUGAAAGCAGUAUUUAUCCGGAAAUUAGAGUUUCAAAUCUUCUUCAUUGAUGGCGACACGUGUACAUAUAGGUUGAAUCCUUGUUUAGGGUAAGGUAUUUAUAAUUUCAAAUAAAAAUUAGUUAGUGUGAUAAA